AGAAAAAAAAGGUUUUACUUUGAAAACCAACCUGAACUCAAAAUGAGUAGCCCAAUUUGAUGGAAAAACUGCCCACCUAGCAACCCUGCUUCUUGCUCUUGACUAUGCUGUGCAGCUUGCUUGUGUCACUAGGUACUGCCCACUGCCUAGCAACAAGGAGUACUUCCAACUGCUCACCAGAAGUGGGACAUUUUAUCUAUCGAACUGGGACUGCAGGCUACAGACAUUGAAAUGGAACUGUCCUGCGAAUAGUGGGACAGUUGGGAAGUAAAUAUUAACUGCACAUUUAGAUAUAAAAACAGUGAAACAAGGUGUGCAGGAAAGGCAUACAUCUGUAUAAGAUGUCACAGUCUGGAUGAAAAACAGCUCAUUCAAAUAACAUGGAAAUAACACCCCUGCUUGCUAUCCAGAGCCAGUCUGCUGUUUGUGAUGUUAAUAAAGUUAAAACGUCACAGGUGUCUAUUUUUGAAAAGAAAGACCAUCCAGAACUGAGUAGCGCUACUACCGACCUCCGUUACAAACUGAACGAGCCUAAGGAUGAAAUGGAUGAACUAAUUGCAAAACACAACGAAGAGCUACAAGCUUAUGAAACUCAGAUUGCCAUGCUCCGUUCGCAGAUUGAGAUAGGAGAACCAGUUCAACAAAAUUUGAGAUAUGAGUUAUCUGGGGCAAGAAAGCAAUAUAGAGGUGCUAGAAUGUCAGAAAAAGAACUGAAGGCAAAUUCUGUACAAAUUCAGAUUCAAUUCAAAGCCCAAGUUGAUGAACUGCAACAAAAAAUGUUCAGUGUAGAGAAUAUUUUUCGAGCUGCACAGCUUCAUUGGCAAGAAAAACAAAAAAACUUUCAAAAGGAUUUGCAAAACAGAGACAACAUUAUUCAGAACUGCUUGAAAGAACAGGAGUCUCUUAUUUCAGAGACUCACAACCUUAAACUUCAAUUGCAGAAAGAAAAGGCAAAUGUGCAGGUGGUGCAGCAAAAAUUGUUAGAAUUGGAAACUGAAUGCUGUAACAACCCGGUAGCUUUGAAGCAUCAGAGAAAUGAGCCGGAUUAUAGUGACCAAAAAGAAGAGAAGCUGCAGGUGGAACUUGAAGAAGCAAACAGAAGAAUAAAAAGCUUGGAAGAUAAUAUAGAGGCUGAAAGAGCGGCACACCUAGAAACUAAAAUGAAUUCUGAAGUCAUUCAGUUGCAAAUACAAGAUAUUGAAAGAUCCUUGGAUGUGGAAAAGACCGGUCUAGUCCAAACCAUUUCUGAUUUGGAUAUGAUAAGGAAUCAGUUAAUUGAAGUAGAAGCAGCUUACAAUUCCGAAAAAAAGAGGGCAGAAGAGUUUGCUCAAAAACUUAAACAGACGGAACAUGAUUUCUCUAUUUUAGGGAAUCAACUGAAAUCAGAUUUAGAGCAAAACUAUAUAGAGGACAGUUCUGUCACAGUGAAGCAGGGGCUUGCUAUGAAUAAAAAUGAACACUAUUCUCUGGACGAAGCUCACCCAGAUAUUAUGAAAGAGUUGCAGUCACUUGUGGACAAUUUCACUGUGUUGAAUAGCUGUACACCAGAGAUUGACAAAGAGAGAGUUAAACCUGCAGGCUUUUCUGUGCUCCUCCAGACUCUGAAGCAUAUUUUGACAGAUAAUAAGAACAGGCUUGAAGACUUGUCCAGUAAGCAAGAAGCAGCUGAAUGUGCAUGUACCUGGAAAAAUGAAGAAAUUGCAUCUUUGAAGGCAAAGAAACAAACACUAUUCAACAACCUGAAGAAAACACAAUCUAACCUGGAAGCUUUCAAAGAAGAGUUACGUGAUCUACACACAAAAUGCACCGAUCAAGAGUAUCAAAUAGCUGUUUUGCAGAUGGACUUGGAAAAUGCACAAAAUGGCUGUCAGAAUGAGAAACUACGGGUGUUAGAGUGUGAUGCUGAAAUAAAAAAGCUUUCAAGGGCUUAUCAGAAUGAUACAGAGGAAAAGUUAACGUUCCUCCACAGCUUGUACCAGCGUUUGGUUACAGGCUAUGUCCUCACAAGAAAUCCACAAAGUUUGUUGGGUACAUUUUCAUGGAUGGAGCUUUAUACAUUUCUUGAGGAGAAUGUUGAUCUACUGAUCUCAGACCUGAACCAAGCCAACGAAAAGGUGUCCAAUCUAGAAGGUCUUUGUAAGACCAAGUCUGAGGUUUUGAAGGACCUGCAGAAGAGCCAUGAAGAAUCACUCAAGAAGCUGGCUGAAGAGAUGAAAGCACAGGAAGUCUAUUGGCUAAAACAGAGGAGAGAUUUGGAAGAACACUACAUAAAGCUCCUGCAGAAGGUUCAAGCAAAGUCAUGGAGUAUAGCUGAAAAAUCCCAGGACAAAAUGAAAAACGCAAAAGAUCAGAUGACUCAGGAAAAUAUCUGAUAACCUCUGAAGAGGACCACAAUUCUACAGUUGGUGCUUUUCAUCCUCUCUCUUUCAGAACCUGUGUAUCGGCCUCCCAGAGAGAUUUUCUUCAGCAUCAAAUCAGCACCUGUGUAAAAGUUUAGAAAUAAAAUCUGUUUAUAAAUAAAAUCUGCAACCGUGUGUGGAUUUAUUGUGCGAAGAAUAAAAAGCAGCAGAUCUGUGACUGUAGUGAUGACUGCAAACAGGCUUUUCCAUGUUACCUUGUGAAGUAUACAUAUAAAUAUAUUACAUAUAUACUGUAUAUAUACCCUAUACGAACUGGAAAUACCUUGAUCUUGGUGAUGUGUAUGUAUUGUAGAGGAUUUUGUUACAUUUUAAAUUGCAAAUACAUAUUAAUAAUACAGAGACUACAUCACAUAAUUUUUAUGCAGGCACCACUGCUGAAUUUUAUAUUCACAUGCAUAUUUUGAGGAAUUUGAUCUGGCAAAUAGUUAAUUGUUAGUUUAUUUAGGCAUGAAUUAGUUCUCUCCAUGCUUUUAAACCUCAUUAGUAAGCUGGUAGUAUAUGAUAUGUUUUAAGUUUUAAGAUAUUUUGAGUGUAAAGUAUUAAUUUAUUAAAUGUGUUAAAAUGAAAAUCUACUUUUGUUAUUAGUAUGCUUUUGUAUUGUUGUUAUAUUUUCCCAAAAUGGCACUGCUGCACAUUCAAUGUGAGAUCUUUACCAGGGAUGUGCUGCUUUCACUUUUCACUUUAGCAGAUACUUCCUAGAAUUGCAAAGCCUAUUUUCCACAAUACCUGCAAUUCCUUUUCAAAUAUGUAGGACCCAAACACAUUUAGGGGCAAAUUUACUUAUGGUCGAAU